AUGGGCAUGACGCGGACCUUCAAGAGCGGGGACUACCUGGAAGGAAUGUUAAGCGAUUACGUCGGAGGAGGAGGUAAAGGCUCCAACAAGCAUACAAAGACGGCACCGCCACCAUCCAGAAGCUCGGCAGCAGCGAGUUCUGCUCGCCUCGUCACCACGUUAACCUGCCUCCAGUUCGCGUUCGCGGUCUACGCGACGUUCCUCCUCUACUACAUGAGCCCGACCAUCGACCUCCGGACGAAGCCGGACUUCGCGUGGGCCAGCCGCGUGGCCCACGCCUGGAAGCGGCACUUCUUCAUACCGCCCCACGUCGUGGGGCGGUACCAGGAGUCCGCGGCCUCGCUGGUCCGCGAACAACAGGACAUUACUGCUGCGUCAGUGGUGCCAUCACAGGUUUGCGAGCACGAAAAGAUCGAUUUCUUGCAGAAGAAGUCAACGGAUUCCGCCAUGAUCAAGCUCAAGAGGGAGCUCUACGACGAGGUGCUCAACUUCCAGGGGACGACAAUCGGGACAGAGUCUCUGGUCCAGCUCAUGGGGAUGAAGUCGAGGUGGGACAUUCGCAACCCGAUUCGGCCGAAAGUGACUGUCAUCCUCAACCAUUUCAAACGCAAGACGCUGUGUGCUCAGCUGGAUUCGCUUCUCCGCCAGACUCUCCCUUUCCACCAUGUUUGGGUGCUGGCAUUCGGCUCCCCCAACGAGGAGUCGCUCAAGCGGAUCGUGGAGAGCUACAACGAUACGCGGAUUAGUUUCGUGAGCUCGAGCUACGAUUUCAAGUACUACGGGAGGUUCCAGCUCGCAUUGCAGACGGAAGCUGACCUGGUGUACAUUGUUGAUGAUGAUAUGAUCCCCGGGAGGAAGAUGUUGCAGAUUUUGUCACAUGUGGCAGGAACAGAGAAGUAUAAGAACUCUGUUUUGGGGAGUAUUGGCAGGAUUCUGCCCUUCAGGCAGAAGGAUUUCACUUUCCCGAGUUACAGAAAGUUUAGGUCAAAAGAAGCAGGAAUUUACCUGCCUGAUCCUGCUUAUGAUAUCACGGUGGAUAAGAUUGUGCAGGUUGAUUUCCUCUCCAGCUCUUGGUUCUUGUCUGCUGAGCUUGUCAGGACUCUGUUCGUUGAGGCUCCUCUCACUUUCACGACUGGAGAAGAUCUUCACCUUAGCUACCAGCUACAGAAGUACAGAAAUGCAGGGUCGUUCGUGCUACCGGUGGAUCCAAAAGACAAGGAGACGUGGGGAGACAGCGAGCACAGGCUAGCCUAUGUGUCCGAGACCACCGUGAUCUUCAAGGACGUGGUCCAGGUGCGCGACGAUCAAUGGUGGAGAGCGAUGUCGAGUGGUUACGUGACACAGUGGGCUAAGAUGUACCCACAGAAGAUCGAUGCACUCUUCUAUGCGCACUCCAUCGACGAGGUGAAGGUCCUGAGCCCGCUCCUCGAGAAGUUCAGGUCGACGGUGGGGAAGAAAGCGUACAUUGCUGUCCCCGGUGGGACGUUCUGCCCUUGUGAGGAUGCUGCAACUGCACUGAACUGGCCUAAGUUGGUGUGCAAGGAGAGGAGGUUCAAGAUAUUCGAUCUCGGAGUAGGGGCACUGGCAGGUGUAUCGAACUCCGAGGUGCCCGUGGUUCAAUCGGUUUAUGCCAGUAUGAAAGGGCUGAUCAAAAUGCACAAUCCGAGCGUGGUGAUCACGGUGAAUGAUGUCGAUUCUGAUGUGAAGAAAGCUUUGAAGAUGGCUGUGGAGAGUAAUAAUGGCACCACCACUUAUGUGCUUCUCCCUAGGGCUUCUAUUCCCAAGACCCUCUGGAUGGCUGACCUAAGAUCCACUGCCUUGCCAAAUUGGAACAAGAUGAGAAUAUCCGUCAACAUCAUCACUCAAAAUCGUGUUUCGUCGUUGACAAGGCUACUCAAUUCGUUAAGCAAUGCAUACUACUUGGGAGAUGAGGUACCAAUCACAUUCAACAUGGACAGCAAAGUGGAUGAAGCCACAAUAAGGCUAGUGACCACUUUCAACUGGCCACAUGGUCCUAAGACCUUGAGAAGAAGGAUCAUCCAGGGAGGCCUGAUUCGAGCCGUGAGCGAGAGCUGGUACCCUGCUUCGGACGACGAUUUUGGCCUCCUCCUCGAGGACGACAUCGAGGUCUCCCCAUACUACUACCUCUGGAUCAAGUACGCGCUCCUGGCAUACCACUACGACCCCCAGGUAUCGCUCCCCGAGCUCUCCUCGAUCUCGUUGUACACCCCGAAGCUCGUAGAAGUAGUGAAGGAGAGGCCCAAGUGGAAUGCCACAGAUUUUUUCAAGAGAAUCCACCCAAACACUCCCUACCUCCACCAGCUCCCCUGCAGUUGGGGAGCUGUCUUCUUCCCCAAGCAAUGGAGAGAAUUCUACGUCUACAUGAACAUGAGGUUCACCGAAGAUGCUAAAUCGAACCCGGUCCAGAUCCCCAAAUCUCGAACCAACGGGUGGCAGGCGUCGUGGAAGAAGUUCUUGAUCGACAUGAUGUACUUGAGAGGGUAUGUCAGCUUGUACCCUAACUUCCCGGGUCAGGCGAGCUUCUCGACGAACCACAUGGAGCCCGGGGCUCACAUUUCGGCUAAAGACAACGUGGUGAAGCACGACAAGACCGAUUUCGAGGUGCCAUUGAUGAAGGAUGACUUCAGGGGAAUGCUGCCUGGUGCGAAGUUCCCGCCGGUUUCGAAGCUGCCCUCUUUGAACUUGUUCAAUCAGCCUGUGUCGUUGAAGGGUCUGAAAGCUGCUGGUGCAAAGUUGGGGCAGGAUGUGCUGAAGUGUGACAAUGCCACUGAGAUUGUUGCUGUCGAUCACCAGACUGGUCUGCCACAUCGAUGUGUCAAGUUCUGA